AUGGCCAGCGUCGCGAGUAGCACGCCCGAUCCGCGGCACCUGCAGCUGAUCGCGGCGUCUGCACAGGCCAACGAGACCCGCGUGCGCGAGAUUCUGGCCGAAGAGAGUGUCUGGAGCACGCGUCACGACCAAGAUGCGUUGCGGCAGUCGCUACAAAAAGUGGCCGCGCGCGGCAACCUGACCGUGACGCGGCUGCUGCUGGAAAAGGGCGCGGACGUCGAGCCGCGGCGCGAGAGCGAGAUGCCGGCGUUGUUCAAAGCAGCGGAAGCAGGCCACUUUGCCGUGGUGCAAGAACUGCUGCAGCACCGCGCCAACCCGAAUGUCGUGGUGCGGUCGCGGCUGGGGCAGACGGCGCUGUUUCCGGCGUGUUUUCGGGGCCACAACAAAGUCGUGGGUUUGCUGCUGGACCACGGCGCCGACGUGCGCAUCCGCGACAAGGAGGGCCGCACGCCGCUGCUGUACCUGGCGUCCGAAAAAGAAAAAGUCAAGUGGACAAUGGACACGCUGCGGCUGCUCAUUGACCGCGGCGGCGCCAACGUUGAGGUGCGCGACAACAUUGGGCGCACGCCGCUGCUGUGGGCGGCCACAAACGGCAACCUGCAGCUGGUCGAGGCGCUGCUGAACGGAUCCCUGGGCGGCGCGGUGGCUGCGGACGUGUCGGCGUCCAAUAACCGCGGACGAUCGGCGCUGCACCUGGCGGCCGAGGCCAACCACGAGGCCAUGGUGCGGCUGCUGCUGAAGCACAAGGCCGACCCCAACGCCGCGAGCGAUGGCGGAUGGACGCCGCUGCACAACGCGGUGCAAAAUGGCCACGCGGGCGUCGUGGCGCUGCUUCUGGCCGAGGACGCCAAUGUCAACGCCGAGCUGUCCAACGGCAUGACCCCGCUGCACUGGGCGGCCUUCAACGGGUUCGAGGCGGUCGUCAAGCUGCUGCUGGCGCGCGACGAGACGAAGCUCGACGUCAAGGACAGCUUCGACCGCACGCCAAUGCUGUGUGCCGCUGAGCGGUUCCACCGCGACAUUGUACAGCUGCUGUCGCCGGUGCACGCGGCGCAGCGUCUGUCGCCGACGGCGCGCGCGGCGUGCCAGGAGUUCAAGGCCACGGUGGUCGACUUUGGCAGUUUCCGCGACGGCAAACAGCACCAGGUGUUCAAGCGGUCGGUGUUUGACGUGCUGUACGGCUGGGACGAGGAGAACGGCAAGCCCAAGGUUGACACGCAAAUCAAGAACGUCAAGUACCAGCCCGACUUCCGCUGGAUCCACCUGCCGGCCAACAACAUUGCCUGGGUCGAGACGCUGCUGUCCAAGUGGUUCAUCGAGGGCGGCCACCGCGACAUUGAGCCCUUCAAGGCGCUCGAGAAGUGCUUUGACCAGGAGCACCGCGGCCCGCUGGCCCAUGCGCACUUUAUGCGCACCUUCUGCCACCGCAUCCCCUCGCUGCAUGGCCAUAGCCAUGGCCCGGCCCCAGCCAACGAAAAAGACGCGAAGCAGCCCUUCCCGCCACUCUCCGAAGAGCCCACGGAUGCGAGCGUUGCGUCGACAAACCUGUCGGCCGGCACAAACCUCUCCAAGGUGUCCUCGACGACGACAACGACGAUGACCAGCACCGACGGCACGACAACGCCCACGCCCAAAAAGUCCGGCACGGCCGAUGCUGGGGAAGGUAGUUCGGGGACGCCGCGGUCCGACAAGAAGAAGAGCAAAGGCGAGCUGAUUGCUGAGCGCCACCCACGGCGGGCCAAGCGCGCCAGCGGGCCGCCCGGCAAUCCUCCCGGCACGAAGGCCAUGAAAGCGGCCGCGGCCGCACGGUCGGCGGGCCUGGCGCCCGCCGCAUGGGAUGCCUCCAAGCUGCCGGCGCUCAACGGCAAGGUCGUGCUGUUCAUGCCGUUCCUGCACUACGAGACGGACGAGCGGCGGCAGCGCAUGACGCACGCCAUCAACCUCGUGCGCGACGGCUGGGACCCGCCCGUGGGCUCGCCGCGCGACAUUAUGCUGACCAAGGGCUAUCUCUGCAACACGCCGCCGCUCCACCCGCGGCGCACGCUCGACCAGUUCUUCUACCACGGCAUCGACACGUCCAUCCGCGACACGGACCAGGUCGUCUACCGCUACUGCAAGCGGCACAGCAUUGAGAAGAAGGUGUUUAUGGUCGACCAGCUGUGGCUGUGGGUGCUGGGCAAGGACCUCGUGAUUACGUGCUUCCCGCAGCGCUGGGACCAGCCGGCGCGCGACCCGCUCAAUGUGGUCGACGGCAUCAUCGAGGAGACCAACGCCAAGACGCGGCCGCCCAUCCAGUCGGUCUACGAUCUGGCCAUGCUCAUCACCAACCGCUGCUCCGGCAUGUUUGACCGCUACCGCCUCGCCGACCAGGACUACCAGUUUCUGGACAUGUUUGAGAGCUCGGUCGGGCUGGUCACCAACACGGAGAGCGAGCUGUUCAGCCGCUUCAACAAGGCCUCGGAGAUGUCGGCCGAGUGGCUCGAGCUGCACCGCCGGCCCUCGCGCCGCCACGUCGGCGGGCUGGCCUCGUCCCUGCAGUCCUCGCCGUCGCAGCCGUCGCUUGUGCCUACCGACGCGAGCGGUGACGGCCGCCUGCACGCCACGGUGCCCGUGUUCCCCGACGCGCUGCUGGACAUUGGCACCGAGACGUCGCUGCUGGCCGAGAUCAAGGACAUCCGCGACGAGCUCAACAUCUUGGCCGUCGUGCUGGCCUCGCAAAAGGCGACCCUCGACGAGUUUGAGAACCACCUGACCGAAGAGCUGCGGCCCGAAGGGACCGCCACCGGCCGACGUGCCAAUAGCAACAAUUACGCGUCAGGUCCAGGCACAAGCGGCGGCGUUCCUACCGCGGCCGGUUACGCUGCGCCCGUUACCGUCGAUAGCAUCGUCAACGAGAUCCGCAAGCGCUCGCGCGACCAGCGCCGCCUGCUCGAGAUCCACCAAAAGGACAUUGACCGCAUGGACCGGCAGGCCGAGAGCAUCUAUCUGAGCCUGACCAACCUGCUGGACCUCAAGCAAAAGCACUCCAACGCCCUCGAGGCCCGCUUCGGGCGCGACCAUGCCAUGAUUGCUGCACGCCAGGGCCAGACCAUUAUGGCCUUUACCAUUGUCACCAUCAUCUUCCUGCCCAUGUCCUUUAUUUCGUCCUUUUUUUCCAUGCAAAUUACCGACUGGUCGACGGAGCUGUCGCUCAGCUACGUGUCCAAGUACCUCUUUGGCAUCGGCCUCGGCAUCUCGAUCCCGCUCGUCAUCAUGGCCUUUACCGUGAGCGACAUUUACGAUGCCGUCCACAACGUCAUGGCUGCCCUCCACGUGCAGCGCACCCGCGGGCACCUCAAGGCGCCACACAACAAGCGGCCGGGCGGCCUUGGCGCCGACGGCCACGCCAGCGCCGACCUGGUGUCUCUCGCUGGCAAAGGCAAAGCCGACAGUGACGUGGAGAGCCUGGCCACCAUUGAGAAGGUGAAGCGGUCGCUGCUGAUGGGCAGCCGCGGGGCCAACCACUCGCGGGACGGCGGCGGCGGCGGCGGCGGCGGCCUCUUUGGCCAUGGUGGAGCGCCAGGUGCUGGGCGGAAGAGCCGCAGCUGGAGCAUUGGCGGCGGUGCCAGCGGCGGCCGGCCCGCGAUUCGCAGUGGCGGUCCUUUGGCAGACGACGACCGUGAUGGCAUGUCCGGCGCCCACAGCCUCAACCCCAGUCACAACCCCAGUCACACUCCCAGCCAUGGCCGCUACGGGUCCACUGACGACGGCCAGCAGCAGCUGCACGACCUGCGCCGCCUCUCGUCGCACCAGCGCCAGCUCAACGCCCUCCAUCCGCACCCGCACCAGCACCAGCUGCUGCAUCCACCCGCGUGGGCCGUCGCGGCCGGUACGGGCGGCGGCAGUGGAGGCGGACUGGGUCCACGUGGCGGUGGUGGACCCGGCUCGGUGGCGGCCAUGUCUGGCGGUAGUGGCGGCGGCGGUGACGGUCUUCACGAGCGCAAAUACAGUGCAGGGAGCAGCGCCGGCCGCGGAUGGCGAGCCAGCCUUGAGCGCACGCGCGACCUCGAGAAGGGGAAGUGA